UCAAAUUUAUUUACGGAUUUUUAUUUUGGGAUAAAAAAUACUUAACUGUUUUUCUAAUUCUUGACAAUAUUACAUAUGUGUUAAUAAUCACCUCAGUGCCGCCCACAGUUAUUUUCACCACUCUUUAUUGAAGAACUAAACUUAAAUUUCAUUUCCUGUUUGUGCAAGUCAUAGUGUUACAGUUAGCAAAUGGAUCACUUGUCAAAGUUGCAAAAAAACAUGGAGGAGCUGAAGAAGCUCUUUGAAACCCGGAUGGCCAACUUUGAGAAAUCCAUCCCCGCACAAGAUUCAGGCGCCCCGGAGGCAGUGUCGGACCAAUUUGAUGAUUUCAAAAGUUUUAUUUGGAAAGCUGUAACGGGCUUGCAGGCUCAGAUGGACCUUGUUUUGCACACCCUUGAGGACAUGGAGACCCGGUCACGAUCCAACAUCCUGCUGCUGCAUGGAGUCCCGGAGGCUCAGGAUGAGGUAGUAGUCGAAAAAGUGACAAGUAUUUGCUGGGAUAAACUUCAAUUGCGAGGUAUAUCAGAGUCUUCCUUUAUAGUCUGCCAUCGUCUUGGGAAGAGUACGUCCAAAAAGAAACCCAGGGCAAUUUUGAUUAAAUUUGUCUGUCUGCGCACCCGGAAUGAUGUGUGGUCAGCAAAGAAACUGCUCAAGGGGUCGGGCUACACGGCCUCUGAGUUCCUCACUAGUGCCCGGCAUGCAGUCUUUGUCGAAGCCAGGCGAGUUUAUGGGGUCAAGGGCAGCUGGACCAGUGAUGGUAAGAUAGUUGUGGUGUGCCCGGAUGGUUCGCGGCGUAAAAUUACUACUCUGGCGGAGUUGCAGGCAUUGCCAACGCCUUCAGGGGUGGCGGCCAGCUCCGAGCAGUCUCAGGAGCAACCUGGAGUGACUCCGCAAUCGUCUGCCGCAGGCGCAGGCGCGACUCCAGCUGGCGGUGCGUCGGCGCAGGUAGUCCCUCGCCCAAACCGGGCCGCAAGGAAGAAGCCCGUUGACCCAUGGUCCCGAUAGUUGUUUAUGUUUAGUUGUAUUAUUUUACUUUUAGUUACCGUAUAA